GCAAAGUUCAGAUGCACCACAUCAACUUGGAGACAAAGUGACGAGGACCUGUCAGCUACCUCUCUGUGCUUUGGCGUAAAGUUUAGAGAGUUUGUUUAGUCCAAGAGCGAAGAGGGGAACACGUUUUUUUUUUUUUUUGUUUUGGGGUUUUUUUUGUUUUGUUUUUUUAAAAGUCAACUUGUAGAAUAAGAAUUGUAGCAGAAUAGUCUGAGUGAAGCUUCAACAUCCAGUCAGCCAUGGAGUGGGGAUUACCCUGUCGGACAUCUCUCUGGGGACUCUGCUCUGUUCUGCUUUACAUCGCUGGAGCUAAAGGCGAGAUGUCCCACGCCCACUCCACCCUGAGUGUAUCAGCCCCGCACCUGUACUACACCUGUCCCGAAGGUGCAACUGUCAAACUGCUGUGUAACCAGAGAGGCACUGCUUUGCACACCAGUGAUAAAUUGAGGGGAACCUGGCUUUUCACACCCCACAGUGACCAGCACUGUACAGGACGGAUGGGCCCACGCCACACUGUCAUUGGCCGUUUGCAUGGCAACCACAGCUUGCCGCCAGGAUUGCAUUUUGGAUCUUCAGAGCAAAACCUCUGGGUGCUUCUGCAGAACGUUACCCAUGCUGACCAAGGUCGCUACUGCUGUAUGGUCCUCGACAUCCAGGUGGAACAUAAUCAUGGCUCUGUUGUGCAGAAACCUCAUAGCCACGUUGUUCUUCAAGUGACACCACGGAGAAAUGAUGGAACUCAAAAUUGCACUGUCUGGGAUCCCACACCACCUGGAGGCUCUGUGCCAGUGGCACUGGCCGUAGCAGCCUGCAUCUUGGCUCUGCUCUCCCUGCCUCUUAUUCUGGUGCUUGUGUACAAACAGAGGCACAGCGCCCAUUCGAGCAGACGUGCACAAGAGCUGGUGAGGAUGGACAGUGAGGCUCAUGGCCAUGAGAACCCUGUGUUUCUCGGGGGAUCGCCGCAGAUUAAGACCCGCACUGUUUCUCAGAUCAUGACCAGGCAAUCCUCAGAGACAGGACGCCACCUGUUGUCUGAGCCGGGAACCCCUCUUUCACCUCCUGCACAUGGGGAAGUAUUCUUCCCAACAGAAGACAGCAUCCUUGAGUCUCCAGAGUUCCUGCAGGUUUAAAGGGGGUAGAACCCUUGUUCAUCGCCCUAACUGCUGAUCUGGAGACAGUCCUGCAACCCUCUUCCUCUUCUGUCUCACAAUAACUUCUGCCGGGAUUGUUGUCUGUACAUUGUCUGGACCGCGGGAGGGAAUGGAAUCCGUUUUCUUUAUUCAAAAAAACUAUUUCCACCUGCAACAACAGCUGGAGGCUAAAAGCAAAGUUCUGCUUUUGAGUGCUUAUGUAGUGGCGGGGGCUGGGUUUGUUUGUGAUGUUCCAUCUUAACAAUGACAAUGGAUCGUGGACCAACAGCUGCCCAAUAUUUGAGAAGAACCCUGAGUGGUGUGGGUGAGGGUCCCGCCAUGUUAAGAGAGGUAAAACCUUUUUUUCGGCCAUCUGACUUGCUUGGUAUAGUUCAAGCAAACUGAAAAAAAGUGAAUUUGAAACUGAAAAUGGGUCUUAACAUUAGGCUGUUGCUUGGAUUCUUCUGUAUGAUUUGGCGGUUCAAAGCAUUGCUGCCUCAGUGACAGCAACAAGCUCCUCUGUUAUUUUACAAAACCAGGUGCCUUGUGUCUGUUCAGUUUCGUGCCAAUAUUAUUCAUGACAGAAGUGAUUAAUAUUAAUUAUCACUUGCCGUCAGUUACUGGAGUAAACGUAAUUUUGAUUUUGUGUAGUGCUGAUGAUGUAAGACAAGAAUAACCAAAACUGUCCAGUGGAUGUGUCUCACUUCAAUUUUAGUGAGUCAGUGGGAACACAAAAUGAACUGGAACUAAAAAAAGAUGAUGUGUAACUUUUUAAACUGAAUCAGAGGUGUGAAAGUGACCUCAGGUUUCUCUCAUCCCUGCCAUUUUAACAAAGUGCCCAAAUAGCUUCAUACCAAAGGAGGCUCAGUCAUCAGAGAGCUGCGAUAAUUUGUAUAAAAAUUGACAGUAAUUUGUUUUUAAGGCUUUACACUGUUUCCUUUUACCAUUUCCACUUGGCCUCAGCUUUACUUAUCAUCUGUCUUUCCUACCUCAGUUCCUCUCAGCUCUGCUGCUCUAAAUAUCCUCCCUUCUUCCUGUGUUCUCAGAAUCGCAGCACUUCACAGUGGCCUUAAAUACAGUAUAUUUAAAAAGUGCUGUAAAGUGCACUAAGUAUAUGGAAAAACAAGCUGUUGGUUUUAUUGGAUCACAGUAGUUUAUGAAUGGCAUUCUCAUGUGCGUACAGUUUGGUAAUAAAGAAUAAAAUGUUGAAUGUAGCCUCACAGAUUCACCAUCAUAAAACAGUUUAAAUCACUGCCGUCUCAACGCUGUUUUUGUGAAUCUUUAUCUUUUUUUGUUUUUUAUGUGCCUUGAUUUAUUUGUUGGGAUGAUUAUGUUGAUGUUGAUUUGUAUUUUUUUUCUGGUGCAAUGGAAUGUUAAAAUGUAAAUACUGUUUAGCACAGGAGUGGAGGAAUGACAUUGAAAUGGUAACCAAAUCUUAUCAAGGUAGAUUGAGAAAAAAUAAGUGAUGCAAUGAUGUUCUUACUUUGUCUGCGUAUGUGUGAUUGUGAGAAACCACUGGUGGUUUUGUCACAUCGAGGUAAAAUGUGUACAGCAGGUGUUCGGCGGAAGUUUUCUCCAAAUGAUGUGUAGCAAGUGUGUAGGACAGGGUAUCAUGUAUAUAUACGGUGUGUGUGUGUGUGUGUGUGUGUGUGUGUUUGUAUGCGUGUGUUUAUAAAAUCCGGGUUACAGUUUCAAGAGUGACUUUGUGGUCUGCUUUAAAUGUGUGUGCACAUUUGCAUGCAAUGUUGCAUCUGUAUGUGAUAACUUUUAUACAGUAAAAAACUUCCAUUAGAAAUUGACACAAAGCAGUUCUGCUAAAGCCUGUUUGUUCUAUAUAUUGCAUUUAAAUUGUCCCAGUUGUAGCUUGUAAAAUAAAGUGGAGCUCUUAAACCUUAAA